GGUAAACCCGGUUCAUGGAGCGAUUUAUCUAUUCGACUAUUCCUUUGCUCACCGGUUUAGUCUAUACGGGUGGAGAGAAUCAAGGUUUAAAGCCAAUAAUUUCCAAAUAAUAAAAAAGUCGAAUUUUUUCCGUUUUCCAGGAAUAUCGAACCCUGCAGCUCUUUCUUCUCUGACUGUCGGAGGGUUUUCUCACUUUUUUUUCCGGCAUUGAAACACGAGUUACACCAACUCGAAAUCGAUGGCCAGGAAACGAAAACGAUCGCUCUUGGAGCAAGGUAACAGUCGUCGCUGCUCAAUCCUGAUAAACUCACCGGCAGAGAAAGAAGAAAGUACGAGUCCUAAGCUCACCAAGUACUGGCUCCAACGUUACAACCUCUUCUCUCGAUACGACGAAGGUAUCGAGAUGGACGAAGAAGGAUGGUACUCUGUAACCCCCGAGGAAAUCGCAGUCAAACAAGCAGAGAGAUGCCGCGGGAAAGUGGUAAUCGAUUGUUUCUCAGGCGUUGGUGGCAACACAAUCCAAUUUGCUAAAGUAUGUUCUUCCGUAAUUGCUAUAGACAUUGAUCCUGUGAAGGUCGAAAUGGCUAUUAACAACGCAUUGGUUUAUGGGGUUGAUGACCGUGUUGAUUAUGUCGUUGGUGAUUUCAUUCACUUAGCUCCAUCUCUCAAAGGAGAUGUAUUGUUUCUUUCACCACCAUGGGGAGGACCAAUGUAUAACAAAGUUGAGACUUACACACUGGACAUGCUCCAACCAAAAGACGGGUACAAACUGUUUCAGAUUGCUCAAACCAUUACGCCUAACAUCAUAAUGUUUCUACCGCGAAAUGUCGAUUUAGCACAAUUGGAAGAACUUGCUUGGCUCUCCUCGCCUCCUCUAACUCUUGAGAUAGAAGAAAACUGUGUUGGAGGAAGAAUUAAAGGCAUAACGGCUUAUUUUAGUUGCUGUGCGGUUUAGUUGAGGAAGUUAGGACUAUUAUUGCAUCAAAUGACUAUCUAUCUUUAUGCAUCAAGCGGUAGAGGAGUUGCUCAUUCAUCAUAUGUUUUUGCAACCUUGUAAUUUUUUGGAGAGAGUUUUUUUUGUUUGUUUGUAUAAUCCUGAUUUAUAUUUCUAAGGAUACAUAACUCUAAUUCUAUCUUAACAUUUUUAGCAGGUGAAGGCAAAAAAAGUGAUUAGUCCAUAUAAGUUGCCUAGUCUCUUUGAACGAGAUUAGUACAAUUAUUAUUUUGUGGUUGUUUCUGUUUAGCUUUGUAUAAUAAAAUACAUUUUGGUUA